AUGAAUGGUGAUGGAUACCUCGAUUACCACGAACUGAAGGUGGCCCUCAGAGCACUGGGAUUUGACAUGUCCAAGAGAGAAGUUCUCAACAUAAUAGACGAAUAUGAUACAGACAACCGCAAGCUGAUCAACUAUGAGGAUUUUUUCCAAUACGUGGGGAAUAAAAUCAUUGAGCGCGAUCCGAUAGACGAGAUCCGCCGCGCGUUCAGAUUAUUCGACGACGAUGAGACAGGAAAAAUUAGUCUUCGAAAUCUUAGGCGCGUUGCCAAGGAAUUGGGUGAAAAUCUGACAGACGAUGAACUCCGGGCGAUGAUUGACGAAUUUGAUCUGGAUGAGGAUGGAGAGAUCAACGAGGAAGAGUUCAUUAAUAUAUGUACCGAGAACUAG